CCGAGUCCAGAGAGGGGUCCCAGCCGCGGGCCCUGCGUCCCUCCCGGGAGCCGGGUUUCCGCCCCUGAGGCCUCGGGCUGUACCCUCAGUUCAGCCCGAAGCUGCUAUUUCCUCCGGUGUCUGGGCCCGGCGCCCGUGUCGUCUUCACACGGGGCGAUUAUGCGUCCCAGGGGAUUUUUGGCUAUAGUUGGAGACGGUUUUGAAAGUCACAAAAUGGAAGAGUGCUUUCCUGAGAGCGAUGCAGGAAUAAGGGAGGAGCGUCCUGCUUCCUGGCUGCCCUGUUGCUGUCGGAGUCACAGGAUGGCUGCCAUCAUCCUGCCCCUGACUGCUGCUCUGCCUUCCCCGUUCCCAGCCUCUCAGCGAGAAGGACACACAGAGGGCGGAGGGCUGGUUAAUGAGCUCCUGACAAGCUGGCUAAAGGGCUUGGUGACCUUCGAGGAUGUGGCCGUGGAGUUCACCCAGGAGGAGUGGGCAUUGCUGGACCCUGCCCAAAGGACACUGUACAGGGACGUGAUGCUGGAGAACUUCAGGAACCUGGCCUCGCUGGGGGACCAAGUUGAUAAACCUGGUCUGAUCGCCCAGUUGGAGCAAGAAGAUAAAGUGAUGACAGAAGAGAGAGGAAUUCUCCCAGGUACGUGUCCAGAUGUGGAGAAUCCACUUAAAGCCAAAGGGUUAACUCCUAAGCUGCAUGUUUUUCGAAAAGAACAAUCUACAAAUAUGAAAAUGGAGAGGAAUCAUCUCGGAGCAGAAUUCAGCGAAUGUAAUCAGUGUUUUAAAGUCUUCAGCACAAAGUCCUCCCUUAUGCGGCACAAGAAGAUUCACACUGGAGAAAAACGCUACGACUGCAGUGAAUGUGGGAAAUCCUACAGCAGCAAAUCUUACGUUACUGUUCAUAAGAGAAUCCACAAUGGGGAGAAACCCUACAAAUGCAGUGACUGUGGGAAAACCUUCAGCAAUUCCUCAUACCUCAGACCGCACUUGAGAAUUCACACCGGAGAAAAACCCUACAAAUGUAACCAGUGUUGUCGUGAGUUCCGCACUCAGUCAAUCUUCACAAGGCACAAGAGAGUUCAUACAGGGGAGAGUCAUUAUGUAUGUAAUCAGUGUGGAAAGGCUUUCAGCACAGGGUCAUCUCUUUCUUUGCACUAUAGCAUUCAUACAGGGGAGAACCCUUACGAAUGCCACAAUUGUGGGAAAACCUUCAGGAGGAGCUCGAAUCUGACACAGCACGUAAGAACUCAUACUGGAGAAAAGCCCUACAAAUGUAAUGAGUGUGGGAUAUCCUUCACCAGUAGCUUUUCUCGUACGGUUCACAGGAGAAUACAUAAUAGAGAGAAAUCCUAUGAGUGCAGUGACUGUGGAAAAGCCUUUAAUGUUCUCUCAUCUGUUAAGAAACACAGGAGAACUCACACUGGAAAAAGACCCUAUGAAUGUAAUUAUUGUGGGAAAUUCUUCACAAGUAAUGGGUACCUUUCUGUGCAUAUGAGAACGCAUAUUAGGCAGAUGUGAAUUCAAUAACUGUGCGAAAAGCAUUCAUUGAUCUUUCAUGCCUCAGAUAACAUGAAAGAACUCUUCACCAGAUGUAUGAAUUACCUGCUACUGUAUAACGUGUAACAAAUUACCCCACAAAAUUGUGUGGCUUCAAACAACAAACAUUUAUCUCACAGUUUUUGUAGGUCAGGAAUUCAGAAACAGCAUAGCUCCAUAGUUCAGGAUCUCUCAAGAGGUUACAGUCCAGAUGUCAGCAGAACCAUAAUCAUCCAGAGUUUGUACUGGUGAAGGGACCACUUCCAGAUGGCUCACUCACAUGCCUGACAAGUGCAUGCUAGCUGUUUCCAAGGGACCUGCACUUCCAAACCACGUAGGCCUCUCAACAGGGCUAAGUUUCUUUAUGGAAGCGACUUCUCCCCAAAGCCAGUGAUCUAAAGGAGCCAACACAGAAAGCAUAAUGUCUUUUAUGACCUAGUUUCAGAGAGAGAUGUUUUCAUGUCCCUGUUACAUGGGUCACACACACCAAUCCUGAUACAAUGUGGAAGAACACCACACGAGGUAUGAAGAGUAGACAUUCGGAACCAUCUGGAAAGCUUGCCAUGAAAUCAGUGGAGAUAAUUUUUUAUUUUAUAUAUUAUUUAUUUUUUAAUUUUGUUUUGUUUUGUUUUGUUUUUUUGAGACAGGGUUU